UCGGAGGUGAAAAAAAAAAAUCGUGACGUCACAGAAAUAUUAAAUAAAGAGGAUUCUGUGUUUUAAGAUCAGUGCUGUGUAGUGCGUGAGACGGAACGAUAAGUGAGUUGUAUAUACUAUUUAUUUUUACGCGUGAGUCUACACAACAAUGAAGCCACUACUCCGGACAGUGGUGGCGAUAAGCCUUCUAUUAAGCAUUCACGCACUCCCAGAGAACAUCGAGGACGUCAAAGAACUGCCCCAGUACAAGGAACCAGUGGUAGAGGCCGAGGCGUCAGACCCGCAAGCGAGGGUAGAGCGCUGCACGACUUGCUCCAGCGUUAUCAAACUCAAAUCUCCUAAACCAGCUCUUGCCGCGCUGACAGCGCUACCGGGUGCAGAGUUCCACACUCAACAGUCCUUCCAAAGCUGCUCCUCAGAUAAGGGCUGCGCAGGACUCAAGGUGAAAGAUGGCAACAUCAUCCAGAGGUACGGAAACGUGGACGCUUUUAACGCUGCAGCGGCUGCCGACCUCAACAACGAAUUCACCUUCCACUCCGCUGCAGCUUUGGCCGAUCUUCUGUCUGCAGCAGGCAGCAGCGGUAACGUGCCCUUCUGGUGGAUGAACCAAGAUUCCCCAUUCAAAGCAGGAGGUGGUAAAAGUUUCGAGAAAUUCAGCAAAUCCGAAAGCGCGAGCUUCUCGAGCGGAGGUGCAGGAAUCGGGGCCGGCGAGUUGAACUUGGCUGCCAACCCGUUCCUGGGCGGAGAUUUAUCUAAAGGAUUAGGCGCCGGCGUCGCUGUCAAACCUGCCGCUUUCUCAUCUGCGUACGAAUCUGCAUACAGUGCCAACAGUGGGGCGGUUGACUUAUCUACAAACCCGUUCUUAAACGGUGGACUUAAGGCUAGUCAAGCUGGAGUACAAGGUGCAUACGGUGCCAACUCUGCCUUCGGAGCAAGCAACUUUGGAGCAGCAAGUUCUCAAAACUUUGGAGCAGCAAGUUCUCAAAACUUUGGAGCAGCGGGCGCACAAAACUUAGGCGCUGGUUACACUGGAGCAGGAUAUACCGGCUCAUCUCCUGCCCCCUUUGCAUCCACUGGCACAAACAUCAACCUGAUCCAGAGCGAGAAAGCCAACGAAUUCGACUUCGCACAGCAACAGACUCAGCAGAACAUCGACGAAAUCUUCCAGAGCUCUGCAAACGUUGGGCUGGACGUCAGCGGUGGGGAGCUGCAGCAAGCCUGCAGUGCUCAGGGCUACGUGUGCGCUCUCAAGACGCAGUGCACUAACGGAGUCGUCAUCCCCGCGUUCACUGCUCUUCUACAAGCUAAACCGAGGAAACAGUACUGCAAUCUCGUGACCGAAGUGUGCUGCAGAAUUGACUUGAGCACAUUAAGCAGCGUCCAAAGCAACCUGGGAGUUGGAUCUACCUUCGCUGCGCAAGGUUCUGGGUUCACCAACCAAGGUACCAAUGCUUUCAACGCCCAAAGAGUACCCGCAAUUGUACCUCAAUCAAGCUUUGGAAGGGGAACAAGUCAAAGUGGUUUUGGUUCAAGCUACGGGUCAACUCUUGCAGCAUCAGCUGGUAGGGUACCCAUUGGGGCAUCUACUUUAGGCGCUACCUCGCCAGGCUUAUACGGACCUAGCUUAGCUGCUAAAGGCUAUGGAUCGACUGCUGCUUUUGGAUUAAACAGAGGUUCAGGAUACGGUUCAACUGUUGCUAGAGUGCCUAUCAGUGGGACGUCUGCUUUAGGAGCUACUUCAACUGGCUUAUACGGCUCUAGCUUAGGUGCUAAAGGCUACGGGUCCACUGCAGGAUUUGGAUUAAACAGAGGUGUGUCAACCAUAGCCCCAACACGUUUCGGCACAGGAUACAAGUCAACCAGCCAGUCCAACUUCAUCGAAACCGACUCCUUCGCCGCCGGAAGUGACACCGCUGGAGUAUACAGACCUGGAGCAGUCGGCACUGUCCUCAAACCUGGCAUUCCUUACCUGCCUCCCGUAGACAAUACCAACAGUGGCACCAACAUCGUCAGCUCCACUAUUUACCCAACACCCACCUAUACUACCCCAAGACCCACUUUUGUCACGACCCCGAGACCCAUCAUCACAGCUAAACCUACCUACCUGCCACCCCCUAGCCCACCCCCAGUGACCUCUACUGCUGCCCCACAAUACCUACCCCCGAUCGGAGAGCCGUCUAAUCAAAGGGAGACUAUUGUGCCCCCGUACUCUGAUGGAUCAUUGAUCUUGGACACGAACAGACCUGGAUUAAGGCCCACACCAGUUCCUAUUCCAAGCGACAUCCCAGCCGGCUGCGCCGCGGCUCUCAAGUGCACACCCAUCGAGUUCUGUACCGCCGAGGGAGUCAUCUCCAACACGACCGUCAUCCUCACCAGAGACCAGGACGCUUACAGAGUGCCUCUUACCGACUGCCGAGAUGUCGCGACCGGUCGUAUCGGCAAGUGUUGCCGUGAUCCAUGGUACACGGACCCCUGGCCCACCAACCAGCUCGGCAAGUGGGUGCCCGGCGUGUUCGGCGGCAACGACGGCAAAUACGUGCCCGACAGUCGGCCUAGCCCCAACAACGUGCGCCCGACCUUCACCGCGCGCCCGCCCGUCACCAGCUCUGUGCAGUUAGACAGCUUCCUCACUCCCACACCUACAGUACCUGUGUACAGACCUUCAGUGACUCCUGUAACCCCAGUUACCUCCUUCCCAGCGAAGGGUCAAUUCGGACUCGGGGGUCAGGGUCAAUUCGGCAUCGGCGGCCAGGGACAAUACAGCCAGGGCGGCAGAGGACAGGUCGGGAUCGUUGGACAAGGUCAAAUAGGUUCAGGUUCUCAAGUUAACACAGCCUUCGCGCAAGGUCAAAGAGGACAGGGAACACUCGUGGGUCAAGGAACCAGGGGACAAGGAACAUACGUGUCUCAGGGUCAGGGGCAAUAUGGCCAGACUGGAGUGGGGCAAAUUGGAGUUGGAGGAACAGGACAAUACACAGUCACUGGACAGGGUCAAUUUGGCGUUGGACAGAAAGGCGUCGGAGUAACCCAGGGAGCAGGUUUAGGAGUAACCCAGGGAGCAGGGUUGGGAGUAACCCAAGGCCAAGGUUUUGGAGUUACCCAGGGACAAGGUUUCGGAGUAACCCAGGGUCAAGGCUUAGGUGUUACCACAGGACAAGGUCAAUACGGUCUACAAGGACAAGGACUAUUGGUCUCUCAAGGAGAAGGGCAACUGGUGACUCAAGGACAAGGAACUGGUGUGACACAGGGCACUGGAUUCGGCAUAACUGAGGGACAAGGCCAGUUUGUCAGCCAGGGUCAAGGAACGCUGGUCAGCCAAGGAGUAGGACAGGGUGUGAGACAAGGACAAGGACAGUUUGUCUCCCAGGGAGUUGGACAAGGUGUUAACCAAGGUGCGGGCGCUAUAGUGUCACAAGGACAAGGUGGUCUAGUCAGUCAAAGCGAAGGAAGUCUAGUCAGUCAAGGUCAAGGAGCACUCGUUUCCCAAGGUUUCGGCCAAGGCGUUCGACAGGGUCAAGGCACACUCGUAUCCCAGGGAGUUGGACAAGGAGUAUCCCAAGGUUUCGGCCAAGGUGUCCGUCAGGGUCAAGGAACUCUCGUAUCCCAAGGAGCUGGACAAGCGGUAUCCCAAGGUUUUGGCCAAGGCAUUCGACAAGGUCAAGGUACUCUCGUAUCUCAAGGAGGUGGACAAGGAAUAUCCCAAGGUUUCGGCCAAGGCGUUCAACAGGGUCAAGGUACUCUUGUGUCCCAGGGAGUUGGACAAGGCGUAUCCCAAGGUUUCGGACAGGGUGUCAUACAAGGACAAGGUGAACUUGUUUCCCAAGGAAACGGAGAAUUGGUAUCCCAAGGAUUUGGCACUGGAAUCCGUGAAGGACAAGGCCAAUACGUGAGCCAAGGUCAAGGAUCCCUAGUCUCCCAAGGUUUCGGACAAGGAUUCCGCCAAGGACAAGGCCAAUUGGUGUCACAAGGCGGCGGUGUAAUUACCUCUCAAGGAUUCGGUCAAGCCAUCCGUCAGGGCGUGGGCCAGAUAGUGACUCAGGGUCAAGGCCAGCUUGUGAGCCAAGGUCAAGGCUUUGGAGUAGAAAACGAAUAUGGAGAAUCCGUGAACAGAGUAUUCCUGACGCGAUACACCGGCAACGGCGGACAAUGUGGACUUUUGAACCCGCAAAGACCGGCCGGCAACCGCAAGGAUCUUGAGGUAGACUUCGCCGAGAUCCCCUGGCAAGCCAUGGUGCUGCUGCAGACGAACAAGAGCCUUCUGUGCGGCGGCGUCAUCACCAGACCUGAUGUUGUGAUCACCUCCGCGGCUUGUGUCGAUGGCCUAGACGCCAAGAACGUUCUCAUCAAAGGAGGAGAAUGGAAACUCGGAAUCGACGACGAACCGCUGCCCUUCCAAAUCGUCCAGGUCAAGACAAUCCUCCGCCACCCGCUGUACAAGUCCGGCAGCCUCCUCUACGACGCUGCUAUCCUGGUACUCUCAGAGAACCUGCGCUUCGCCAAGAACAUCUACCCGAUAUGUCUGCCUGAAGCGGAAGACACCUACGACGCGUUGUACGCGGGCGAAGGAACAUGUAUCGUGACUGGAUGGGGCAAGCAAGUUCUUCAAGCUCAUCUCUCCGGCGCCAUCAUGCACAGUUUGAAUGUGUCGCUCAUCAGACCUGAUGACUGCCAGACCAAGCUGGCGUCAGACUACCCUCACCUGCUGGAGCAGUACGACGAGGACAGCUGCGUGUGCGGCGAGCCCACCAACCCGAACAACAACCUCUGCAGGGUGGACAUCGGUAGCGCCCUCGCCUGCACAAACGGAAACGGACAAUACGUGAUGCGAGGAGUUUACUCUUGGGACUCCGGCUGUGCAGUCGGCAACCAGCUCGGUGCCUUCUACAAGUUCGAUAUCGAGUGGUACCAGUGGGCCAUCGGACUCAUCGAAAGCGUGAGGUUCGCCAAAUACAGCACCAUCACCAAAAUCACCACCACCAAAGUCACCGGAAUCAAGGGUGGAGUCAAAGGCAACGGCAUCAAGAAUCUUGGUGCAGGAUCCACCCUAGUCACCGGCAAAAUUACUUCCGGAUCCCUUAGCGAUCUAAACAAAGGUUUCCAAGGCAACCAGUUUGGUUUCGGUAGCCAGGGAUCUCAAGCGUUCUCGAGCGUGAAAGGCUUCGGAAAGGUCUCAGCAUCAAGUAGCGCUCAAAGUGGAACCGGUGGUUUCAACUUCGGUGACAUUAAGCCUAUCUCCAACGGUUUCAGCGCAACCUACUCUGAGAAGAAGCUCUUCCAAACCGAACCCAAAUACAUCACGUACACGACAAAGCCAGAAAUCAUAUCGUACACGACGAAACCAGAAAUAGUCACGUUCACAACCAAACCAGAAAUUGUUACCUUCACGACCAAACCUGAAUACUUCACCUACACGACGAAACCAAAAUAUGUAACGUACACCACGAAACCCGAAAUCAUAACUUACACGACGAAACCCGAAAUCGUCACGUACACGACAAAACCAAAAAUCGUGACGUACACGACAAAACCUAAAAUCGUUACAUACACGACGAAACCUCAAUUCAUUAGGUACGAAACCUCCGGCAGUGGUACCGACCCACAGUACGUACCGCCCGGCACUUCGUUGAACGAGUCCUUUUCCGACAUUGUCAGCAAACACACGCACAACGCCAAAUGUAAGUGCAUUGAAGGCAAAAAGUAACUGGUUAACCAUCGCUCAUUAAAUUUUAGUGCCAUAACACAGAUUAAAAGAAAAUUAUAGACGGGAACUAGACAAAAAAAGUCUUAGUUAUUGCAUUUUUACUAGCGCAACUCAAAAAUCGUUCAUACGUAUUUAUUGUAAACACCUUAAAAUUGUAUAUUUUAGUUCUUCUUAGCCCGCUAUUCACAAUGGUUGUAGUAAUUUUAUGCAAGUGUGUAAGCCACGUUUAGUUCAAAAAAUAACUGGCUUACUUUAUUUAGAUAUAGAGCUACACUCUCUAGGUAAAUAUUAUGUAAUUUACAUACUAAAUUACUAAAUUUUUAAUAGAUUGUACUUCAAGCAUGACAAUUUCUUCAUGAAGUGUCGAAACAGACUAAGGACACUUCUCCAUUGUUUGUUUAUGAAAAAACUGCCCUCAGUCUCGCCUAUAAAAGCACAGGUUUCCUCCGUCUAUCAAUUUCUUUUAGUCAGUGUGCCGUAAUUAAUAUCUGUAAAUUCAAAAAUAUUCGAUUGACAGUACAAAAAGUUUUAUACCAGUUCCUAAAGUUACCAGUUUAAUUUUUGUUACUUUCCUAUACAUCACGGUAAAGAAAUUCGUUACAUUUUCUUUUACUAAUGUCGGCAGACACUUAUUUAUAUAUAAACUGUACAUACGAGUAUUAAGGUUGUAAACAGUGUCAUACAAAGUGUAUUUUAUUGUAUAAAAAUAAUUCUAUUGUAUGUAUUGUUUUUGAUCCGAUGUUUUUGGAACUGCCAUGUCGUAAAAGUUCAACCAAGUACUGAAUACUGUAUCAAUAUUUAUAAUUGUAUUCUUAAAUCGAUAUAAAUAAUUAGAUUUUUGACCAUGUCGGUUGCAUCAUACCGAAUUGGUCGACUAUCUAAUGAAAAUUGGACAUAGUUUUUAAAAGUAAGUUUAUUUUUAUAUAAAAAAACUGACAUACAUAAUUAUGUAAGUAAGUAUUUAGUCAAUAUAUUAUAUAUUGAUAUAUUAUAAUUGUAAAAUUUAGGAUUAAAUAAAAUGAAGGUACUUUACAUAUA